CAAAAAUGCCAACAACAAUGAAAGAUGUAAACAAAUAAAAUCAACCUGCACGUGUACGCGACCGUUCACUUGGCUAGUAAAGUUUAUAAAGGCGACAAAAUUCCGAAAAUAAACAGAUCACCACGAUGACCUGCACCGGCAAGGAGAACGGCUUACUCGUCUACCAGGGUAGUAAUUUCUUCAAGCAGCGGCUAUUACUAUCCACACUAAGCGGCAAACCGAUCAUCAUCCGGGACAUCCGCCUGCUGGACGACGAUACUCCCGGCCUGCGGGAGUACGAAACUAAUCUUCUAGAGCUGCUGGAUCAGAUGACGAACGGAACACGUAUCACGAUUGGCCAGGAUGGCACCUCGGUCACUUACCGACCGGGACUGCUACACGGGGGAGAAUUUCAGCACGAGUGCUGCAUCGAGCGGGGAAUCGGUUACUAUCUGGAUGUGCUGCUAGCACUGGGACCCUUCUGUAAGUUGCCUUUGGACGUGACACUAACCGGGGUGACCAACAGUGCCGAAAGUCCGUCGGUGGAUCACAUCAAAGCGUCCGCGUUCGCUACUCUCAAGCGAUUUUUGCUGGAUGACGAAGGACUUCAACUAGUGGUGCGAAAGCGUGGAUUGAUGCCGGCAGGUGGAGGGGAAGUUACAUUCACCUGUCCGGUGAAAAAAACCUUGAAAGCAAUCCAAUGCACCAAACAGACGAUGGUCAAAAGGAUACGCGGUAUGGCCUAUUGCUGUAAGGUCUCUCCAGCGAUGGUGAAUCGAGCGGUCGAGUCGGCCAAGGGAGUGAUGCUAAACUUUUUGCCGGACGUUUACAUUAACACAGAUCAGCAGAAGGGCAAGCGGUCCGGGAACAGUCCCGGGUUUGGGGUUAAUCUGGUGGCUGAGACCACGGAUGGAACAAAGUUUUCCGCAGAAAUCACAUCGAAAACGAUGGAAUCGGGUGGAAACCCCACCGUACCGGAGGACUUAGGCAGAGACGUAGCUAUGAAGUUGCUGGAUGAGGUUUAUCGAGGCGGUUGCGUUGACUCCACCUUUCAGUGGUUGGUGGCGCUUUAUAUGGCCCUAGGGCAGAAAGACGUUUCCAAGUUUCUGAUAGGACCGCUAUCACAGUACACGAUUUAUUUUCUACAGCAUUUGCGGGAGUUUUUCGGGAUCACAUUUAAACUAGAGAAUGCUGCUGGAGAAAUAGAAAAAGACGACGAUGAUGAUGAAAUGGCCGGUUCGAAUAAGGUGAUGUUGACUUGUGUCGGAAUUGGAUACAGUAACUUUAGCAAGCGAGUGCUGUGAAAUGUUUUUAAUAAAUUUA